GAGGCGACGGUGCUGCCCUCCGAACAUGUAAAAGUUACGUUUUCUGGACAUCGCAAUUGAACCGACUCGUUUGCGAACGACGCCACCGAAACUUCUCUGAACCGAAUGCUCUCUGAACGACAUACCCUACUUAUCAACAAACAAUCAACAUUAUCCGAGGCGGCAAGAGAGGCUUGUUUGUGUUUAUUGUAUAAUAUGUAUGGUAGUUUUUCUGAAAGUUAGGUGAAAACUUAUUCGUAUUUGACCGUGGCAACGUAUUACUAAUAUCACCUAUAAUUUAAGUACUAAAUCAUUAUUUGAAAAUUGAAUAUAAAUGUAGAUUCAAUUGCACUGCAAUGGAAAUUAGGUUAUUUAUCCUAAAUAAAGAAAUACAAUAUUGUAAAACCUGUUAUCCCUUAUUGAUGCCUCAAUAAUUUUUGUUAAUUUCUGUUAAUAUACUUUAAUAUAUUUUAUUUCAUAUUGAGGUAUGAAAGGUUUAAAAUAGGUUAGGAGUAGUGAGAGAAUUGUUCAUGUCCACCCAGUUGUUACUAUCCUACUUCGAACAUGUUUUCCAUCUGCAAGCAAUCACACCCAGCCACAGCUGUAGAACAUGCCUUGACGUGUCAUUUUUUCAACCAUUCUGAAAAAUCGCUAGUUGUUGCUGGUGCAAACAUUAUACGAGUUUUUAGGCUCAUACCCGAUGUGGAUCCUACAAAGAAAGAAAAAUUUUCAGAGAGCCGCCCGCCAAAAAUGAAAUUGGAAUGUUUGGCUACAUACACAUUAUUUGGGAAUGUUAUGUCAAUGCAAGCAGUUAGUUUAGCAGGAUCUGUGCGAGAUUCUUUAUUACUUAGUUUUCGAGAUGCCAAACUUAGUGUUGUUGAAUACGAUCCUGAAGCACAUGAUCUUCGGACUCUAUCUUUGCAUUAUUUUGAAGAAGAGGAUAUGCGUGGUGGUUGGACUCAUCACUAUCAUAUUCCUGUGGUGAGAGUGGAUCCUGAAGGUCGUUGUGCUGUUAUGCUGGUAUACGGAAGGAAGUUGGUAGUUCUACCUUUUCGCAGAGAAAUAGCAAUUGAUGAUCCUGAUCUUGCCUUGGGGGAUGUGAAACCAGGAAAUAUCAAUGCAAAUAGCCGAGCACCUGUUUUAGCUUCAUAUAUGAUUGUUUUGAAGGAGUUAGAUGAAAAGAUGGAUAAUGUUAUUGAUGUGCAAUUUUUGCAUGGUUACUAUGAACCCACAUUACUUAUUCUUUAUGAACCUGUAAGAACAUUUCCUGGGCGAAUUGCUGUUCGUCAAGAUACAUGCUCUAUGGUUGCAAUAUCUCUUAAUAUUCAGCAAAAAGUUCAUCCAAUAAUUUGGUCUGUGUCCAAUUUGCCUUUUGAUUGUCAGCAGGCCAUUCCUGUUAGAAAACCUUUAGGUGGAACACUUAUUGUUUCCAUUAAUGCUUUGAUAUACUUGAAUCAAAGUGUGCCUCCAUUUGGAGUAUCAGUUAAUAGUGUUGCUGAUGUCAGCACUAAUUUUCCACUUAAAGUACAAGAUGGUGUGAAACUUACUUUAGAAGGAGCUCAAGCAUCUUUCAUAUCGUAUGAUCGUUUGGUAAUUUCAUUGAAGGGAGGAGAGUUGUAUGUACUGACAUUGUAUGCUGACAGCAUGCGAAGCGUUCGUAGUUUUCAUUUUGAGAAAGCUGCUGCAAGUGUAUUAACUACCUGUACAUGUAUUUGUGAAGAGAACUACCUGUUUUUGGGCUCUCGCCUGGGGAAUUCACUUCUCCUUCGUUUCACUGAAAAAGAACAGUCUACAGUGUUGACUUUGGAGGAGAAAUCUUAUGCUCCAAAAGUUGUAGAAAAUCCAACCAAAAAGAAAAGAUUAGAUACUUUAGGAGAUUGGAUGGCUUCUGAUGUUGCUGAUAUUCGAGACUUAGAUGAACUGGAAGUGUAUGGAAGCGAAACUCAGACUUCGGUUCAAAUUGCAUCAUAUGUAUUUGAGGUAUGUGAUAGUCUCCUUAAUAUUGGUCCCUGUGGCAAUAUUUCAAUGGGAGAGCCAGCCUUCUUAUCUGAAGAAUUUUCCAACAUGCAAGAUCCUGAUAUUGAAUUAUUCACUACAUCAGGGUAUGGGAAAAAUGGUGCGCUUUGUGUUCUUCAAAGAUCUUUGAGACCUCAGGUGGUAACUACUUUUGAAUUACCUGGAUGUGUUGAUAUGUGGACUGUGAUUGGAAAUAAAGAAGUAAAUGAUGAUCCUGAAAAGAGUGAAGAUCAGAUGCAUGCCUUUAUGAUUCUUAGCCAAGAAGAGUCAACAAUGAUACUACAAACAGGGUUGGAAAUAAAUGAAGUUGACAACUCUGGUUUCAGUACGCAAGGUCCUACAGUCUAUGCUGGCAAUUUAGGAUACAAUAAGUUUAUUAUUCAAGUCUCUCAAAUGGGGGUUCGUCUCUUACAAGGAUUGGAACAAAUUCAGCAUAUCCCUCUAGAUUUAGGGUCACCUAUUGUUCAUGCAUCUGCAGCAGAUCCUCAUGUAGUAAUUCUCAGUGAGGAUGGCCAAGUUAUUCUUCUUACAUUGCGAGAGACUCGUGGGCAAGGCCGGCUAAGCGUGAUGAAACCUUUGCUCUCAUUGAAACCACCAAUAAUAACAUUGUGUGCAUUUCGAGAUGUAAGUGGCCUCUUCUCCACAAGUUUACCAGAAGAAGAAGAAGAUCAAGGGGUAAAGAAAGAAGUGAAGACAGAAGAAGCUGUCAAAAAGGAAGUUGAUGAUGAGGAUGAGAUGCUGUAUGGUGAGACCAGUGACAAUGCUAUAUUUGAACCUCAAAUUCCAAUUGAAACACCAGCCACUGUUAUUACUGGAGAUGAAGGCAAGGAAAGUCCUUGGUGGCAGAAAUAUGUCCAGGAAGUGAAACCUACAUAUUGGGUUUUCAUAUCAAGAGACAACGGUAACUUGGAGCUGUAUACUUUACCUGACUUCCGUAUUAGUUAUUUAGUGCGAAACUUUGGUCAAGGUCUGCGAGUGCUAUCGGAUUCCUUGGGGGCAGCUCCCAUGCCUGUAUUAAGUGCUGGAUUUAGUGAGAGUGUUGUUGGAACUGAAACUCAUGUCCGCGAAUUACUUAUGGUUGCACUGGGUCAUCAUGGUCAUCGACCAUUACUUGUUGCACGUCUAGAUGAUGAAUUAUUAAUUUAUGAGGCUUAUCGGUAUCCACGAGGCAUGCUAAAGAUGAGAUUUCGAAGAUUACCUCACAACCUCCUUAUUCGAGAGCGAAAAUCAAGGUCAAGAAAAAAGGCAAGUGAUGAAGGGACAAUAGAAAGUAGAGUGUGUCAGCUGAGAUAUUUCAGUAACAUAGCUGGUUACAAUGGUGUAUUUGUAUGCGGUCCGUAUCCUCACUGGUUGUUUUUGACUUCAAGAGGAGAGUUGAGAACUCAUCCUAUGACAAUCGAUGGAGCUGUAACCUGCUUUGCUCCCUUCCAUAAUAUUAAUUGCCCACAAGGUUUCCUUUAUUUCAACAAGAAGGCGGAACUUCGUAUUUGUGUUCUUCCCACUCACUUGUCGUAUGAUGCUCCGUGGCCUGUAAGAAAAGUUCCUCUACGUUGCACUCCACAUUUUGCAACUUAUCACUUGGAAAGCAAGACUUACUGUGUUGUUACAAGUUUAGCGGAACCAACGAAUAAAUAUUACAAAUUUAAUGGAGAGGACAAGGAGCUCACUGUUGAAGAACGCAAUGAUCGGUUUCCUCUUCCUGUUCAGGAGAAAUUCAGCAUUUUACUAUUUUCCCCUGUAUCUUGGGAGGUAAUCCCUAACACAAAAAUGGAACUAGAGGAGUGGGAACAUGUAACAUGUUUGAAGAAUGUCAGUCUGGCUUAUGAAGGUACGAGGAGUGGUUUGAAAGGCUACAUUGCUGUUGGUACAAAUUAUAAUUAUGGUGAAGAUAUAACUAGCCGAGGAAGAAUUUUGAUUUUUGAUAUUAUUGAAGUUGUGCCAGAACCGGGUCAACCUUUGACAAAAAACCGUUUUAAAAUGGUGUACUCCAAAGAACAAAAAGGCCCAGUGACAGCCAUAACACAUGUGGUUGGAUUUCUGGUGUCAGCAGUUGGUCAGAAGAUAUACAUAUGGCAGUUAAAAGAUAAUGAUUUAGUUGGUGUUGCCUUUAUUGACACCAAUAUUUAUAUUCAUCAAUUACUGAGUAUUAAAAGUCUUAUUCUGGUUGCUGAUGUUUAUAAAUCUAUCAGUUUGCUUCGUUUCCAGGAAGAGUAUAGAACUCUUUCUCUUGUGAGUCGGGAUUUUCGACCCACUGAAGUGUACACCUGUGAAUUUUUGUUGGACAAUACUCAGAUGGGAUUUCUAAUUGCUGAUGGUGAAAAAAAUCUUGUUCUUUACAUGUAUCAGCCAGAAUCUAGAGAAAGUUUUGGUGGUCAGCGCUUAUUACGAAAAGCGGAUUUUCAUCUUGGUCAACACGUUAACACAUUUUUUAGAAUCAGGUGUAAAAUCAGUGACUUGACUUCCGAUAAAAAGCAGCUCAUGGGAGCUGAAAGAAGACAUAUAACAAUGUUUGCAACCUUGGAUGGAGGUUUGGGCUUCGUUCUCCCUGUGCCAGAAAAAACAUACCGUCGUCUUCUGAUGUUACAGAAUGUUUUAGUUACACAUGUCUGCCAUACUGCUGGUCUUAAUCCCAAGGGGCUUAGAACUUACAAAAGCUCCAAUAAAUUGCUGAGUAAUCCAGCAAGAGGCAUUAUAGACGGUGAACUAGUGUGGAUGUUCCUGGGUCUUCCAACACCAGAAAAGCAUGAAGUUGCAAAGAAAAUUGGUACUAAAGUGGAUGAUAUAAUCGAAGAUUUAGCUGAUAUUGAACGGCUUACUGCUCAUUUUUGAUUUUCAUAUAAAUUUACUACAAUUGGAUUUUCAAAGUGAAUGAUAGUGUGUGCAAGAAAUGUUAUUUUUUAUGGUGUAGGACACAAAAGUGUCUUGUACAACCUGUGUGUGUGUGUGUGUGUGCAACAUUCUGUGAUAACCUUAUGUGAGCACAUAAGUUAUGAUGGAAUUAUUUAUUUGGAUGCCUUCUUCUGAUGAAACUUUUUUGAAGAGAGAAACCUGUUUAUUAAAAGUACAUAUUAAUUAUAUUGACUAUUUAAUAUAAUUCAUGUUAUCCUUCUUUGUGAAAUGUAUUUUUUGUGUGCCAACAUAUGAAGUCAAGGAUAAUGAAAAGAACAAAAGAAUACAUGUUAAUUUCAUUUUUAUUGAUUGUUUGAGUUCUACAUGUGUAUCUUUACAUGAAUUAUUGUAAUAUGGUUUAUCACAGUUCUAGGAGGGAAAUGAAACUCUUUUCAAUGAUAUGCAGCAAGGAACUGUUUUAACAUUUUAACAAAAAAAUGUUGUGAGUUUUGUAAUGCAUAUACUUUUAAUAUAUUUACAAAUUAAAGGCUUUGUCGAAAGAUCAAUUUAUUACAUAUUCUGGAUUCAUGAAAUUAAACAAGUUUUAGGGAACAGACACUUAUACAUAUUGAUGAAUUUACUAUGUACAGUAAAUCUGGAAUAAUAUUUUCGAUGCAAUAUGAAGAAAUUGUACUCAAUGCAUGAUAAGCAGUGAACUAAUGGGUCACUGUCUUAUGCUUUUAGUUGGAGAUGAGAUACUAUUCAUUGUUUCUGGUAUAUGUGAUGAACACCCGUGAAACCUUAAAAUUUUGUAAUCAUCUAAUGGAAAAAAGGAAAGGAAAUGAAAACAAAUGGUAAUCAGACAUAAAUUUAAAAACUGCUUGGCAGAAAGGAAAUAAAAUGCACAUGAUUGUCUUCAAUAAACUCUGCAAGGCAUAAAAACAAUACUGUUCUUUCUUAAUUUGGAAUAUUAUAAGUCAAUCGGUGAAUUGUCAUCAAUCAUUGUCUAGCAGUUAUAAGUUUCAGUUAUUCUAUUGUUCAUCAAAUGGCAAGAAAAAUAUUACUUUUAUGACCUCCCUGCGUGAAAAGUAAAUCAAAGUGAAAUGUGUAAAUGAACUCUAAAAAAGAAAAGUUGGGUUUACAAAAUUUGAAGCAACAUAUUUCUGUUUUCCCGACACUAAUAUUUAAAUCCUCAAUUGGUUUUCUUUUCAUCUGUGAUAUUUAAACUGGAAGUAAAAGCAUUUGCAAAUAAUAAUAUGCUGACGAAUUCCGACGUAACUUCAUGAUUUCAUACUCUUAUGGUAAAUCUUCCUUAUGACAUCCAUUACCCGGCUGAUGUUUUGAAUCUGAAAGAAGCUUUUAACCACUUGGUACAAAUUCUGAGUUAUAGCUUCACAUUUUUGUUUUUCUGUUUUGUAUUAUCUCCAUCUUUGCAAAGGGUUUUUGAAGUAUCAAUACCAGCAUGUCCAUCAGCUAUCAACUUUCUGAGUUCUUCUUCCCAGCCUAAGCCACGGGCUAAUUCUAAACACCCAUCAUCACAGUCCCCAAGCCAUGCCACAUCUCGAGUGUUGCCUUCUGCAUCAAAAUCCAAACCUGAUCCCAUUCCUAAGAAUGCCAUUACAGAACUACGUUGACCAGCUUUAGUUCUGUUAAUUAAUAACCGUGGACAAUUCUUAGGCACUUGUUCUAUUAAGGAUGCAAAAGGUUCAACUGUAAGAGAAGAACCCAUUAUAAUCAACAAAUCACAUUGUGGAAAGUCUUGUUGGGAAGAAAUGUAGAAACGAUGUGGCAAAUUUUCUCCAAAGAAAACUAUAUCUGGUUUCACUAUAUCGUUACAUUCAUCACACUUGGGCACUGAAUCAGAAAAAACAUGUUCCUUUACCCACUCCUGUUCAAAAGAUUUUCGACAUCCCAAACAAUGUGAUGUGUGAAAUGUACCAUGUGCUUCAAUCAAUUUCUCUCCUGGCAGGCCAGCAACCCGCUCUAGUGUAUCAAUAUUUUGUGUGUAAUGCCGCAACAGUAAUCCUUUCUCAUUCAGAAGUUUCAAGAAAUAGUGGCAGGGUGUUGGCUUGAAAACACCUGGAUACAACUCUUUGGCCAGAGCAAAAAAUGGUUUUGGAUUCUCUCGAAAGAAUCCAAUUUCAAAUAUAGCAGUGGGAUGUGGUAAAUUGUAUUUGGCUAAAUUAUCAUACAGCCCUGACCCUGGAGAACGGAAAUCUGGGAUUCCUGAGGAAGUGGAAAUACCAGCACCAGCCAUUGUAAUUAUUUUUUUACAUUUUCCAUCUUUAAUAAAAUUUAUUACGCCGUGGAUGGACACGUCAUCUAAAAUCUUGGGUUUACGUUCUUCUGCAUCAUCGUUUUCAUGUAGUCCUAAUUUCUGAACCAUGUAGCGGCGAAGCAUUUCAAUGGUACUUCCACCUUCAUCGUCUGACGACUCUGAAGUGUGUUCAUCUUUAGGAAUAACGUUGCUCGAGCUUGGUGCCGACACACUACUGGCACCAGCCUUCUCGUCGCCUUCGGAUUGCGACGAAUCAUUCUCUGUCUCUUUUUUACUAGACAUCUGGUGCGUAAUAACCAAAGUGACACUAAUCGGUGCUGGUGCUUAAGGUAUUUAACUGCGUAUCCAUCCGUGAUUGAUGAUAGAUUGUUAGAUGUUAGGGUGACAAUUGUCAUAUUGGCUGCAUUGCUCACGAUUCAAUGCCGGCAACGUGCAUCAGCGUAAAUUUCAAAUAAAUAAUUUUUAAUGUUUCUUUGCCUAGGUAUACAUACCACAUGUUUUUUUCUAGUGCCUAACUUUUGGUUUCAUAAAGCUGGUUGUAUGAAGCAAACUAUAUAAAAACUCUCAAAGCGAAGGCCAGCG